CUCUAUCUGGCCUAUCCUGACGAGUGCGAGACGACGGAGAAUGCUAUCGUUUACUUCACCGACAUCUUUGGCGUCCAACUGCUCAAUAACAGACUUCUCGCGGACAGCUUAGCCAAAGCGGGCUACUUCGUGGUGAUGCCCGACUUGUUCAAAGGCGAUCCGGUCCCGGAGAACGCCCUUAGCGACCCGAACUCAACAUUUGACUUCCCAGCCUGGCAGAAACGCCAUCCUCAAUCUGGCGUCGAAGCCAUCAUCGACUCAACCCUAAGCUCCAUGCGUACACAAUACAAUGUCUCCACCAUCAGUUCCGUCGGCUACUGCUUCGGCGGUAAGUACGUCGCCCGCUACCUCGCCUCAGGCAAAGGCAUCGACGCAGGUUUCACCGCGCACCCGUCCAACGUGCAAGCCGCGGAGUGGGAAGCCAUUGCAUCUCCCAUCAGCAUCGCGUUCGGCGCUCUUGAUGAGUCCAGCACGCCGGAGAAUCGGACGAAUAUCGAGGAGAUCUUCAUGGAGGGAAACAAGACGUAUCAGACGGUAUUGUAUGCUGAAGCUGAGCAUGGGUUCGCGGUAAGGACGAAUUUGACGAAUAGGAAGAAGGCGUUUGCGCAGGAGAGUGCGUACUUUCAAGCGGUGCGUUGGUUCGAUACGUGGGUCAAGGAUGAGGAGUGA